UUGGAUCUGGAGUGAAUGGGAUGUUGUCAAUCAGACACUCCUCCUCCUGCUCCUCCCACUCAGACUGAACAGUUAUGCGUAAUAAUAUUUUAAAAAGGUGCUGUUACUAUGGAGUCAGUUUGCUCCACAAAUAUGGCUGCUGUACCAGCAGGAAAGGAAGGAAGUUAGAGGAGAUCAAGAGGUGGAACAUAGCCCUGCAGAGGAGGAAUGAGCUGUUCAUCUCAGGGGAAAAGCAAAGAAAACAACAUCAUAUAGUCAUCAGUGUCCUGCAGAGAACGAUUACACCCCUGCAGUUUGAUGUACACGGACUUGAUUUCUGGAUUUGUCUCCAUAUGUUAAUACUCCUUGCUUAAGCAGUGCAGAUAAGAAGACAUGAAGAGUUGUUUCAAAAUGUGUUACAGAAGAAAAAUGCUCCUUGCCACUGUGAUUUUCACAGCUCUCUGCUACAAACUGUAUUUUAAAUUCCACACUCAAUUAAAGGUGACUGCAGCAAAACAGCUGGACAUGGCCCCAGAAGCAGUAGACACCCUGUACGAUGGAUGCGACAAACAGGCCCUGAAGAUAGUUAUCGACUCAGUGUUAAAAGAAGAGCUCAACCGCAGUGAAGUAUUCCAGAAAGCGUGGAACACCAAGUGUUCAGAAAUUAUCCCCAGAGGAGUAAAGGAACACACUGCUGCACUUUUAACGCAUGCAUAUGGGGACAAAGAUUUCAGAAAGACCUUUAACAAUGCAGUGGCGACACUGGGAGGAAAUGUUAGCACCUAUGAAAACAGCUUCCAUUUCAAGUCUCUUCACUUCCUGCUCAUGGACGCCAUGAAGCUCAUGAAGCCGCUGAAUGGGGAGAAGUGUAAAAGAUUGUUUCAUAUCUCAAACACUAAAUACGAAGCACAAAAAGGCUCAAAGGUGAGAUUUGGAAGAUUCACCUUACUUCACUCAGACCCAGACCCAAACUCAGAGGGGGAGCUAUCAGAGGACGACACCUUUUUCAAUAUCACCACUUGCUUCUAUGUCAGCCUGGGAGGCUUUUGCAAGCAGAAAGGGGACGAGGUUCUCAUAUCUCCAGCUGAAGAGUUCACAGUGGAAGAUGUAGUACAAAAUAAUAAUGAUGAUAAUCCAUACACUGAGAUCCGUUUGAAACACUCAAAACUGGCCAGCUCACACGAUUGCUACAUUUUCUCUCGGUCACCAGCUGAUGUCUCCACCCAGUGGCUCAUGUUGGUGCUUUUAGGUUUCUCUCUUUUUUUCUUUAACUGCUGAGCCUAAUGAAUCAGUGUCUGAGACUGAGAGUUAUCACAAAACAAAACUCAGUUGUGCAGUUGAAAAAUGAACAAGAUGCUUUGCUGUGAUACUCUGCCGACUGCGGUGUUGUUAGAUAUUGAAGUCUGAUGCACAGAUGUAGUCCUUACCUUCAUUACAUUUUUUACAGAAUUAUAGACUGAAAGUGUUAGUUUUUUUGUCUUUAUGCAUAUCUGUGGUGGAAAACACAGCACAUACUCUUUUAUGCCUUAUAAUUAAGCACUAUCUUAACACCUUAUAUGAAAGCUUUGUUUCACAGUUACAUGUGCCUGGGUUUUGUUCACCAUAUAUGGUGAUGAUGAUUCUCUGAGUCUUCUUUCUUGUCUGAAAAUCUGGGUUCAGAACCACAGAAGGCGGGAAAUGUCGAGAUAAGAAAAGAAACAUGUUUGUUGUUUCCUGUGUCUGUGUUUUUGUGUAGAUUGCUGUAUAAAAACCAGGCCAAACAUAGAGGCUGUUACUCUUGGCCUAAGGCAUUUUAUAUCACAGGUUGAAGCCCACUUGCAAGUGUUUUGAAUAAAUAACACAGAAAGACA